AUGGAAAAAAUUCCUUCAGCGACUGCGAAAAGCAAUGAAGAGGAGAUGUUUUGUCUCAGGCCAUCACAAACUCAAAAAAUUAGGUUUAGAGUUUAUCAUAGAGGUUAUUUUAUGGACAACCCUGUGAAACUGUAUGUUGCUGGGUUAAUUUCAGAAAGGAAUUGGAAAUGGGAUGUUGAGUACCUGUCCUAUUUUGAGUUGUUGGAAUUGAUUAAAAAAGAGGGGUAUAGAGGCAUUAUGUGUAUUUGGUAUUGGAACCCUAGGUUUAUUUUUACUCAUGGCCUUAGAAAGAUUAACGACGAUGGUGAUAUGUUGCAACUAAUUAGAGAUGCUGAUGGAUGUGAGAUAAUAGAUUUGUAUGUUGAGCAUAGUAUAAGUGAACUUGACAUUGUAGAUGUUGCAGAAGUAGGACAUGACAUAACUUCUGAUGAUGAUGAGGUUCAAUGUACCGGUGAGAAAAUUAUUGAUGAUGAGGUGGAAGUAGACAAUAAUGUUGAAGUAGGUGAUAAUGUUGAAGUGGGUGAUGGUGCUGAAGUAGGUGAUGGUGUUGAAGUGGAUAAUGAUGCUGAAGUAGGUGAUAGUGUUAAAGUGGAUAAUGAUGCUGAAGUAGAUGACAGUGUUGAAGUGGAUAAUGAUGCUGAAGUAGGUGACAAUGUUGAUGUGGAUAAUGAUGCUGAAGUAGGUGAUGAUAUUGAUGACAAUGAACUUGAGUUGGAUAGUGAAACUGAGUUGGAGAGUGAACCUGAGUUGGAUUAG